CUUUAAAAUAGUAUACCCCUAUAUACACGCUUAUCUGUAAAAAUGCAUGCAACAUUAUACUGAACAAGAGCGCUUCUAUUUGAGAGACUGGGGGUGAUCCCAUUGAAAAAAAUAUUGAACGGAACCCAAGCCGCCGAACCAAAAUGCGGAGAUUGAAAUUCCAUGAUGAAUGAAAGUAAGGUCUUUUUUUUUUGUGGUCCAAAUGUAUACGUUGUUUGAAUGACAGAAGCAGUGUCUUUGGGGACCUCGUUGCUUGCUGGUGAUUCUUCACCGUUAGAAGUAAGCAGUAUGACGGUGACAACCCAAACGAUCAGUGGGACCGUUUCAAUACCCUUGCCAACUCCCGAUCGGCCCGCAAUCUCCAGAUCGUCGUCAGCUACCAAAGGCUAUCCUUGUCCCUAUGACGGUUGUACUAAAGUGUAUAAAAAACCGUCCAAACUCCAUGAGCAUAUUCGCGUCCACACCGGCGAGCGUCCAUUCACUUGCCCUAUUCCCGGAUGCGGCAAGUCAUACCGACGAUCGACUCAUUUGGCAGUCCAUGCACGCACCCACGAUCCAGAAACCACCAAAGAAUAUGUAUGCUCGCAUGAGGGAUGCUCCAAAUCCUUUUAUACCAAACAACAUCUCCAGCGACAUGAACAUUUGCAUGUGGUACCACUGGCUUACAAGUGUACGUGGGAAGGAUGUGAUCUUGCGUUUGCCAAACGAUUUCAGCUUCGGAAUCAUAUGUGUACGCAUACGCACCGGCGACCGUUUAUGUGCGAAGUGGAAGGCUGCGAUGCCAGCUUUCUCACCGGACACAAACUUUCAAUCCACAUGACCUCGGUUCAUUCAAACGAGAAGCGAUACAUGUGUGGUCACCCGGGAUGCUUGGUUAAGUUUAACAAAUGGACCGAACUUCGUGCGCACGUCAAUAGCGAUCACCCUCACAUUUGUCCGGAAUGUAACAAGCAGUUCGAUCGUCGUUCUCAGCUCCGGAAACAUGUCAAGACGGUUCAUGGAGAAGGCGACCCAUUCGCCUGUUACUGGGAAGGUUGCAAUCAGGUUUGCGCUUCGAAACGAAGUUUGAGUAUGCAUAUUCGUAUGGUGCAUGAAUCGGAAAAACACCUCCCCUGCCCGUUUGAAGGUUGUGAUAAACUAUUCGCAUUCAAGUCUUUCUUGAAACGACACUUAAAAUCGCAUACGGAUCCAACCAUUCCUCGAAAACGUUCCCGUGAGCCCUCCAGAUCGUUAGUUGAGCAUCUUACUGGUUCCAAUUAUGCUGGCGAAGGCAGUAAACGACGCUUCGCUUGUCCUUUCGAAGAUUGCAAUAACAAGUAUAUCCGAGAGUAUGAUCUCGAGCGCCACUUGCGCAGUCGGGCUCACGCCGCCGAUGUGGCUGAAUUCAUGGAGCAAUCUAACGAAGCACCAUGAUGCCUGCCGUGAUACAAUCUUGCCGAAACCCUCAUCUACCCGAAUUCUACCAUGUCUCUUUCACAACUUUUGUGUCCCCUGUUCAUCCGAUGCUUUACCUUUUUUUACCCUCAUUUUUGUAAUUUUGUCAUUCUUCUGCAUUGUAAUAAAUUUGUUUUUAUGGA